AUUUGCCCAACCGUGAAAGAGAUGAUCACGGGACUGCCCAUUUGUCAGCACAAGCCACAGGAAGCUCCACUUAUCUCGGCCAAUCACCUGGCGAAUAAGUCAACCCACCUUCUCGAGGGUGCCGACUUGCUAUCUGCUGCAAAGGCGUGGGAUGCGGCGAUAUGGCCCCUUCAGCAGCCUGCUCCUCCUUCUCGUCGACAUCAUGACACUGAUACCGACAUGGAGGCGAGUAUAGACCUUCCAGCACGCGACACGCCGCCCAAAGGGCGUAGGAAAGCCAAAAAUAAUGACAGAGACGGCAUUCAGGACGAUGGCUCAAAGAAAAGGCGCUGCAUAUCAAGCGCCUGCGUGCCAUGCCGGAAGCGAAAGUCUAAGUGCGACGGCACAACCCCCGCUUGCUCCGCGUGCGCCGCUGUCUAUAACACCGAGUGUGUCUAUGACCCUAACUCGGACCAUCGCCGUAAGGGUGUGUACAGGAAGGACCUCGACAGUUUGAAGACACGUAAUACGACGCUACACACGCUCAUCCAAGCCAUUUUGAACUACCCCGAGGAUGAAGUGGCGGAACUGGUGCGGCAGAUACGGACAUGCGAGAGCCUGGACGCCAUGGCAGAUGCCAUCACCGCGAAAGAGAAUGGAGAAGACUUGCCAGACGACGACGUUCCUGUGCGCUCUUCGCAUCCUGCACCGGGACCGGGCACUGUUCCCACUUUCGAGAAACACUUGUCCGGCAAGAUGGGAGAGCUGAGGCUGGAAGACGGCUCAACCCGCUAUAUCGGCGGUACCUCCCACUUGAUCUAUCUCGGAACGGGCAGCGACACCAGCGAGCAGGAGGUCACCCUGUCGAACACCGAGCAGUACGCGCAGCAGGAACACCCACUUACAUCUUGGACGACGGUCACUUCAGACCCCGAGCUUGUCUCACACCUUAUCAAUAUGUACUUUUGCUGGCAUUAUACCUUCUUCACCACCCUCUCUAAACCCCUCUUUCUCCGCGACUUCAGACUGGGAAAACCACCGCCAGGCACGAGGCGGCAAUAUUGUACGCCUUUACUUGUCAACGCCAUGUUGGCGUUGGGAUGCCAUUUCACUUCGAGGCCCGAGUCGCGGGCUGUGCGCGGCGACUCGUCUACGGCGGGAGAUCAUUUCUUCAAAGAAGCGAAAAGACUCAUCUUGGAAGGAGACUUGCACGAGGUGCCCGCUCUGACUACGGUGCAGGCCUUGGCACUUAUGUCCGUAAGAGAAGCAGGCUGCGGUAGGGAGGCUAAGGGCUGGGUAUACAGCGGCAUGAGUUUCCGGAUGGCAUGCGAUCUCGGUCUCAAUCUGGAUUCGGGAGGCAUGCAAUUCAGCAAAGGGAUAGAUGAGAAUGAAGAGGAUGCACGGAAGAUUACAUUCUGGGGCUGUUUCCUGAUUGACAAAUGUUGGUCGAACUAUCUUGGACGUCUUCCGCAGCUUCCCAAUACGAUCGUAACAGUGCCGAAGUUUGAAGUCUUUCCUACUGAGGAUGCCGAGAUCUGGUCCGCUUACACAGACUCUGGUUUUAACCAAGCGCAUGCGCAGCCAUCGAGGACCAGAGCAGUAGCACUGCAAAUCUCGAUUCUUUGCGGUAUAUCCAGUGACCUCAUGAACUUCUUUUACAACCCCAUCGAUAUGGACAAGGCCAAAGGCAAGCAAGCGGAGCUGAAGAAGCUCAGUGAGAUCCAUCAGCGGUUGGAGACUUGGAAACGUGAGCUUCCGAAAGAGCUUGAGCCGAAAGAAGGAGGUUUGCCAAGCAUGCUGGUGAUGCACAUGUUCUUUCAAUUGCUCUACAUUCACCUGUUCCGACCCUUCCUCAAAUACAACCCGAAUAACUCGCCGCUGCCAGCGCACGUAUCGCCGAGGAAACUGUGUACGAAUGCGGCCCAAUCGAUAUCGAAACUGCUGCGAUUGUACAAGCGGUCCCACGGCCUCCGGCAGAUUUGUAACAUAGCUGUCUACAUCGCCCACUCGGCUUGUACGAUUCACCUGCUCAACCUCCCGGAGAAGAACGCAAGGAGAGACAUCAUUCACGGUGUAAAGCAUCUCGAGGAAAUAGCAGAGAGCUGGCUAUGCGCGCGGCGGACACUGGGCAUUUUCAGCGUUCUUGCUAAGAAAUGGAAGGUUGAGCUGCCGGAAGAAGCAGCAACGGUACUUGCUCGCACCGAUGCCAAGUUCGGCCGCUACGAUGAGGUUACCUCUCCCAAGUCGAUCACAUCCGAGUCUGAGAACCUCUCAGAGCGACAUCCAAGUCUGCCUGCCGCCUCGCCGUUGCAACCGUAUAGUAUGCCUGUGACGAGUGGUUCUACAUCCGGUUUCUUCAACACCCAAGGCAUCCCUAUGAGCUCCAUCGCUGCUGUAUCCGAAGCCAAACCGCGCACCUCCGAAGCCCACCCCAUCCCUCCAGACUCGUCAUCAAACCUCGCCUAUCCCCGAGCGGCCCGCGAUCCGGCCACACCCGUGAGUUCCGCUGGCCCCCCUGCUGGUCCCCGCCGAUCCUUCGAUGCCAGCAGUACAACCGGCAACUCGCCCAGUCACCUCUUCGGCGGCGUUGAACAGCUGCUGCGCGAGGGCGAGAACUGGUGGAUCCGCGACCAAACCCAACUGGCCAGCGGCUUCGGCAACUGGGGCGACUUCUCCGCCGGAGACCUAGCCAUUCUCGAGUCGACAGCGGUGUCGCUGGCAGGGAGUUCCGGGAAUCCGGGUGCGCCAGCGGGCACUGCCGCCGUGAAUGGCGGAUAUAAUCCGCUAAGUCCGGUUGUGGAGAUGCAUGGAGUCGGUGCAGGUCGGGUGGGGGUCAGCACUGGCAUGAACGGGAAUCUCAAUGCGAGUGCAAACGGCAAUAAUCCAAAUGGGCUGAAUGGCCUCGGUGGCGUGCAGGGGUAUGGAGGGGCGCUCAAUUCGUAUAACGAGCAUGAGUGGUAUCAAUGAUCUAGACGGGGAUGCAUAGAGGGGCCGACGGGAUGAGGAAAAGGGGGAUAUGGCGUUCGGGAUAUGAAUACGGUUGAUGACAAUUUCGGCUUUGUUGGACUGCCUUUGGGAGGUAGCAAUACGUUGCUGCACUCACGGUGGCAUGGGGAUGGAUCCAUGCCUUACACAGGAUUCACAGAGUUUAAUGUGUCUCAGAUGUGUGCGUUUUUUUGCUCUUUUUCCGCUCAAGUGGGCGACACGAGUAGAGGCGGAUCGGGUCCGUUCCCUCUUUGGAUCUUUGGCGAGCUAGAUGGCAAGAUUGGGGUUUCUCCUAGGGAUAGAUACCAUAUGGAGUCGGGCAGGGGAGACCGUCCCGAGAGACUGUUUCAAUAUCUGCAGGUCGACAAACAAGAUCUUUUAAUCUAUGCAGGUCAGCGAAC